GGGGGGUCUCGGGGAGGGGAGAAAGGGGACAGCAACACGUUCUGUAACUACAGGGUAGAAAACAUUUAGAAAAAAAUAUGUUAAGCAGAAAACCAAUUUACUUCCAGGGAGUUGCUUGUAGGUGGCACAAUGUCCCAAGGUUUGCCCCACCUCUCCCUUCUGCUGGUCCUGGGGUUUAGUGGCUGGUCCUGGGGGCCUGCCUUGGAGAUUCCCAGAUCAAAAGGAUGCUUAGAUCCUGGGAGAUCAAGGAGGGGAAUGGAGCUCUCACUCAGAGUCAUACAGGUAGCAAGAAACAUGUUUUCACACUGGGCUAUGCCUUCUCCUUGCCUCAGGUGGCAUGGCUGGGGGAGUACUGGGGAAUGAUCACCCUUAGUGAGAAGCGUGCCAUGGUCAAAUGAUGCUGUUCCUUGCUCCAGUGAGUCCUCAGUUCCCCUCCCUCGACAGCCUCCUCCUCUUCACUCUCCCGGGUCCAGAACGGGAGGGCUGGAGCCUCUGAUUCGAGCUCUCAGGCUGCCUUUCCCCGCCCUGGGCACUGUCGUGUAGGCAGAAAAUGCUUUCACUUUCAAUUCUUAAAAAAAAAAAAUGGAAGUUUUUAAACGGAAGUCGCGUUACUGGUGAAACUGAAUCAAGCUCCAGAUCAGAUCUUCCGCCUCCCCACAAGUCGGAUUAUCCAGUUCCAAGGGGCUAGAGGUUCCAGAUCUGGAGAGGAAGAUGGUUGACAACCUUCUUGAGACCUUUAAAAAUAAGAAAUUUAACAUAAUCGAGGCAAUAAAUACCCCGUCUCCUUUCCUGGAGGUACUACAACAUUACUCUUUAAUCUCUGAGCACACUUACCAUAUUGCUCUAAAGGAGUACCAAAAAUCACGCUGUAUGUACAACGUGGUAUACCACAUCCUCAAUAACCUAGAGCAUAGUUUCAGCACCAAGAUCCUUGAAGCCUUGUUCCACCCCUUCAACCUGCAGAUAUAUCCACUAUUAAAGCAAAUCCAACGCUACUUCAAAGAUGUGACUCCAGAUGCAUCACUACUACAAGGCAGCAGAGGACCUCCUGUCCAGAACACCAACCAUGAGUGGGCAUCAACUGUCAGUGCUCCUCAAAACUCUGUUCAAGUGGUUCCCAAUGGAUUCACACCACAAGUCAGCAUGGGGUUUCCUAUCCAGAAGAGCGGCCUUGAGAGGACUUCUGCUGUUAGGGCUGCUAAUUUUGCUGUCAAAGCGACUCCAAAUGGAUUAGCACCACAAGGCAGCAGGGGACCUCCUGUUCAGAGCAGCAGUUUUGAGAGGACAUCAGCCAUCAGGGCUCCUCAAAGCUCUGUAGAAGGGACACCAGAUGCAUUAGCACCACAAGGCAGCAGGGGACCUCCUGUUCAGAGCAGCAGUUUUGAGAGGACAUCAGCCAUCAGGGCUCCUCAAAGCUCUGUGCAAGUGACUCCUGAUAGAUUAAUACCACAAGUCAGCAUGGGAUAUCCUAUCCAGAAAUGCAGCCUUGAGACAACAUCUGCUAUUGGGGCUGCUAAUUUUGCUGUCAAAGCAAUUCCAGAUGGAUUAGCACCACAAGGCAGCAGGGGACCUCCUGUUCAGAGCAGCAGUUGUGAGAGGACAUCAGCCAUCAGGUCUCCUCAAAGCUCUGUGCAAGAUAGAUCACCACAAGCCAGCUUGGGAUCUCCUCUUCAGAACAACAACUUUGAGUGGACAUCAGCUGUCAUGGCUCCUCAAAGCUUUGUCCCAGGUACUUGGACUUUUAGGGGAUCUCAUGUCACUACUCUUACCCACAUCCUUUUUAUCUUAACCACUCCUCUUCUCUGUCUUCUCCCUCUCAGAUACUUGUGUCCCAUCUUUACCUCUCAUACACAUCAUGGACUUCUAGAAAAAGUCAACGAUGCUUUCAGUGUGGAAAAGUUGGACAUCUGA